UAAUAAUAUGGCUACCCUUAACACUGAGCCUCUUCGCACUGUUCAACUUGAUGGCUUGGUCGUCUUGAAAAUCAUCAAGCAUUGUCGCGAAUCUUAUCCUAACGAUGUUACUGGUCAACUCUUGGGUUUAGACGACAAGGGCACUUUGGAAGUAACCAACUGUUUCCCUUUCCCUUCUGACGGUGACGAAGAUGCUAGUGCUCAAUAUCAAUUGGACAUGAUGCGUUGUCUUCGUGCCGUCAAUGUCGAUAACAACACUGUUGGUUGGUAUCGUUCUGCUCACUUGGGCAACUUUGUUGAUCUUAGCUUGAUUGAAACCCAGUACAGCUAUCAAAAUUCCCUCAGUGCUCAAUCUGUUGUGCUUAUUCAUGAUGUCUCCAAGAGUUCUGCUCAAGGUAAUUUGAGUUUAAGAGCCUUUAGAUUGCAAGAAAAUUUCAUGAAGGCCUUUGAAGCCAAAAAAUUCACUACUGAAAGCCUUGCACAAGCUAAACUAUCCUUCUCCAACAUCUUUGAGGAAUUACCUGUUCAAAUCCAUAACUCUCACUAUGUGACCAUGAUGCUCCACAACAUUGAAAUGCCUAAAUUAGAAGCUGAUCGUCUUCGAUCACUCUCUACUUUUGCUUCUACUCAGCAAGCUCAAACUGAAAUUGAAGCAGCCAGACCUUUGGCACCCAACUUUGAUGUACUUGAUUUGGAAUUAGAUCCCUUUAUGCAAAAGAACUUGCAAUACUUGUUAGAUUGUGCUGAUGUUCAACAACAAGAACAAAACAACUACCAAUACUGGCAAAGAUCUGUUGCUCGUGAACAAGCCAAGAUGCAAGCAUGGCUCACUAAGCGAAAGCAAGAAAACGCACAACGAGUUGAAAAGGGACAACAGCCUUUACCUGAAGAUGAAGUUAACACAUUGUUCAAGCUUCCUGCUGAACCCAGUCGUUUAGAUUCCAUGAUCUUGAGUGCUCAAAUGCACAACUUUACUAAGCAAAUCAACCAAUUUGCUGGUCCCAGUCUCGCUAGAUUAUACAGUAUUCAAGAAUUACAAAAAUAAAAUCUCAUAUUGUGUGUGUAGUUAUACAUUUGCGCAUGUAAAUACAAGCUUGAAACUGUCUAAAUGACACUUUCCCGUGAUCUUUUGCUAUAUAAAUAUGUAUCGAAUAUGC